AAAGAUGAGAUUGUCCACAAGCAAUGUCAAGAUUAUAAAUACAACUAUACAUAGAUUCAAAGCAGAGUGAUUUAUUCUGUCAAGUCUAGUGAUUGAAAGAUUUUGAGUAAAUGGGUUCUCUAAUGGCAGGCUGGGAUUCACACAUCCCAGAUCCUAAAUUAGCUAGAUUCAGGAGGAAUCGAUCACUUACCAAGGAAGAGAUCGAUGCUUACUGGAGACAAAAGAAGAAGACUGAGGAGGAACAUCUCAAGGCUAUUGCUAGUCCAUCAGAGAAGAGUCAGGUCCAGAGAAGUUUACGCGAGGAAUCUGAAAGCAAGUUCCAGAGAUCAAGCUCCUUGCCUCUGACCAAAACCAAGGAUGGUUUAAUUAACAUGGAUAAAGAAACAAGCUUGGAGAAUUUCAUGAAGAAUAACUGCUGGUGGACUAGGAGCAACUGGGCAUUUCUAAAUGAACCUCCUGUGCUUGAAGGCAAUUCCAAGACCUACACAUCUCAGUUCCACAUUGCCAAUCUUACAGCUCCCAAAUCAGAUACAGAUGCUGGAAUUAGUAGCUAUUAGUUGCUAUUUCCUUUGUCUUUGUGUAACUGUUUGUGUGUAUCAUAUGCUACAUAACUAGAAUACUUGAAACUCUUAGCUACCGUGUCGUGAAAUUGAGUGUGUAAAUUUGAAGGUAUCCUAGGGAGGAGUUCAUGUACAGGCAGAUGCUUUUAUGGUUUGUGAGCUAAGCGUGUAGUAUAAUUUCCAGAGAAAGAGUUUCAAUCCUUUAUAUUUAUAAGGCAAUCAAGAAGAUAGAUUUCCCUA